ACCGUAUAGAUAAAAAACUGGUUAUGCUAAAUAGCAGAUAUUCAGACUCAAGGAAACCGAUCCAGAGUUCUACAAGUUCCUCCAAGAACAAGAUGCUGAUCUGCUUGAGUUUCAUGCAUCUGAUGAAGAAGAAGAAGGAGAAGAGGAUGAGGAGGAACUGGAAGACGAAAUGGAGGAGGAUGAUCGUGAGGAGCACAAAACAAAGCAGAAAUUGGAAAAGAAAACGCAAAUCCCUAAAGCAAAAAAGGAUAGUAGUGGACGAUUAGUUUUUGAUGGUGCAAUACUCAAGGAAACCGACCCUGAGUUCUACAAGUUCCUCCAAGAACAAGAUGCUGAUCUGCUUGAGUUUCAUGCAUCCGAUGAAGAGGAAGAAGAAGAAGGAGAAGAGGAUGAGGAGGAACUGGAAGACGAAAUGGAGGAGGAUGAUCGUGAGGAGCACAAAACAAAGCAGAAAUUGGAAAAGAAGUCGCAAAUCCCUAAAGCAAAGAAGGAUAGUAGUGGACGAUUAGUUUUUGAUGGUGCAAUGUUGAAUUACCUGGAAAAUGCGCUAGAUCCUGAAGAUGAGAAGCAGCGUAUCAACGUGGAUGAUGUCCGCCUAGCCGUUGAAGCAUUCAAUGCUUGUGUCGCUCGCGUAGGGGCAGAUGUCGAUGCGCCGAAGUAUAUUAUUAAUGAACAGGAUAAUGGUAUCAGUUCAUCUUUUUGUCAUAGGAACGUGCAAACUUUGCCGGUAAAAAGCGAAUUGCACCAUGGCGCUGGCUCCGAUUUCAUAGUUCUCGAAGCUAAAGGCUCGAGUCGCGGGGCUCUAUUUUGA